UACCAAAACCCGGAAGGAAUCAUACCCUAAACAAAAGGGGCGUAUGUUCACAUUACCUUGAUGUUUUUAAAGUUUGUUUCCUGGUUUUGUAAUGCAUUAACGUUAUAAUAAACUCAGGACACGGGUUUUUAAUCCAGUCAAAUAACAGGCGUUGCACGAACAAGCAGCGGCAUUUAUACGGUAGCAUCGUGAGUGUAGCUUAAUUAAAAAUAAUUAUAAUAAUCAAUGUGCUUUUGAAGACCAAUGGAUAAGAUAGCUAAAGAUAUUGGGGACAUUCAAUCCAGACUGCUGGAUCACAGACCAGUGGUACAAGGAGAGAUACGUUUCUUUGUGAGGGAAUUUGAAGAGAAGAGGGGUUUGCGAGAGAAAAGAUUACUUGAAAACCUUAACAACAUGAUCAUAGGGGCAAAUGACCAAACCAUUCCGAAGUGUACUGAGGCAAUGCAGCAUAGUCUUUUAGAGGCUCUUACAAGAUUGGAAGCUGCGAACCACAUGGCACAAAGAAUCCACCUGAGGGAGCAAGAAGCACAACAGAGUACCAAGCUCCACGCCUGUCAGGAGAGACGCAAGGCUGAAUGGGAAGCCUUCAUGAAGGAGCAGACUGUUAAGAAAGAGGCUAUGGAUGAGGAGCAUGCAAAAGCAGUGGGUCGACUGAGCACACACUACUCUGACAUGAAGAAAGAUUUGACCAAAUUUGCACCUUUCUGAAUGUUGUUUAUGUUCUAAAUUAAAAAAAAAAAAAAAAAAAAAAAAAAGUGUAGUUUCCAUUUGUUGGACUUAGCUUAAGAAUGCAGUAAAAUGACAAAUAGCUACCAUUGUAUAGAACCCAUUGAAAGCUUACUGAGUGAAAGACAUGUUCGCAAAUACGCACUUCUCACCUCCAGUUACCAAAUAUUUAAAACCAACAACUGCUUUGAAGAAGCACGUUUUUACCUACAAGAUAACACAUUACAAUACUGGCAACAAUUGUUUAACAGCAUAAAUGUAGUCUUAGUGAUAGCUUUAGUAUAUCAGUUAAGAAAAAAAGCAGCUUUACCACAUAACUAUAAAUAAGGUGUUGAAAAAAAUGAUAUGUAUAGCGAUCUAUACUGUGGACAAUGCCUUUCAAAUGAUGUAACAUGUGAGGAAAGCUAAAGGACUGGAGUGCCUGGAAGUGUUAAACUUCCCACAUAUCUUUGUGUUUGGGAGUGCACCAGCCCUAAACAAUGGCUGUCUGUUUGAAUGGAUGGCUGGGUAUCAAGCCGCAUUCCUGACGUUAGAAGAGGAGACAAAAUACAUAUUUGAGUUUACUUUCAAUAACAUUGAACAUUUAAUUUUUGUAAGGUUUUUUUUUUUUUUUCCCACAUUUACAGUGAGGGUGAUGGCCUCAUCAAUCACUGUGAGGAAAAAAAGAACACCAAACCACACUGCAGUUAUGGGUAGAAAGAUGCACAUGGCUGUAAAACCAUCUGUUUUGAGAAAUCCCUAUUGCCUUUGACGGUGGGUUUAAACUGAAAAUCACAUCCCUCCUUACAAUUUAUUAGCACACUCGUAAGAAAUGUCUCCCCCAACUUAGGCUUGUUGAUUUAAUUUGAAACAUAACAUAAUUUAAUUAAGUCAAAACUGGAACUGCAACUUGUGAGUGGAGAUAUAAAAAAGAUCAGAAUAUCAGACAACCCUGCGUUUUGUAAACUGACGUUUCAAUCAAGUCCUAGUUAAACACACCCGACACUUCUGGCUGUUAAAUGCCAAGGCCUCCAUCA